GCUCAUGUUGAGCUAAGCUAACAAACUGCACGUAAACCCGCCGCAUUGUCUGGCAGCUCGAGCGCGCUCAAGGGCUGCCGAUUAAAGACAGUGGGGGCUCUUUAAUGAUCCCACCAUUCAUCCGAUGAACCCCCUUAGCUCCAUGAAACCAACCCUGCCUCCCACUCCACAAAGCGCUGACGGCCCUUUUCUAAAUGAGCCAGUCUCCUGGCAACCAGGCACCAAUCAGCAAGCAAGAUCUCUUUCUGUAGUAACCACAGUGUGGGGCGUGACCAAUCCCACACACAGCCAGGUGUUCGGUGCACCCAUGGGCCCCGGUGAGAGCUCUGGUGGUCAUAUGAUGCCAGGUGGCAGCCCUGGUAUGGGCGGCAGUAUGGGUUCCCAGUUUAUGGGCCAGCAGGCGUACGGGGACUCUGUGUCUAAAGGCUACAGCCAGCCAGUCAUGUACGGACGUCCCAACCCCGCGUACAAUCCAGCCUCAGCCUACGGAGGAAGUUACUCUGGUAACAGCGGGGGUGCCGGUCUGGGUGUUCGCCCUCCUUCAGACUUCACCCAGGCCGCUGCUGCUGCUGUUGCUGCUGCCGCUGCCACAGCAACCGCCACAGCUACUGCAACCGUUGCAGCAAUCCAAGAGAAACAGAACCAAGAGCUGAGCUAUGGCCAGAUGAGUGGAGCAUCCUCCUACGGGACUCAGUUCUUGUCCCAUGCUGGGCCUCGUGGCCCUCAGGGGAUGAACCCCGGGGGUAUGGUUUCUACGAGGCCUGGACCCCCACCUUCCACUGGAGGCUUGUAUGCACCUCAUCCUGCACAGAGUCAAAGGAUGCCCCAGCAUGGAGUGUAUCCAGGAGGACAGCAAGGCCUCAAACGGCCUUUUCAUUCAGAGGGUUUUCCAGGGCAGCAGUAUGGCUCUGGAGGGAUGACUGGGUUCCCUAACCAACCUCUGCAGUACCCAACUGGCCCACAGCAGAGAUGUGCCCCGUCACCUUCUUACUCUCCCAGUCGGAUGCCCCACAUGGGACCGUACACUUCUGGAUCUCACAAUCCAGCACAGUUCCCUGCUGGUGCUGGUCAGCCAAAUCCUCCACAGUAUUAUAAGUCAGAACCUUUCAAUGGUCAGGGCAGUCUGCCGUCUGGUGCAGCAGGGGGGUAUAAUGCUUUCACACAGGCUGCAGUGAAUGGGCCAGGUCGAGGUGGAGUGAUGCCUGGAUACCCCAGCUCACCAAUGGGAGGGAAUCCUACCCCGCCCAUGACUCCUGGUAGCUCCAUACCUCCCUACCUUUCCCCAGGACAGGACACCAAGCCCCCCUAUCUUCCACUGGACUCUAAACCCAACAUCAGCACCCAGCAGCCUCCUACAGGUAAUCCCAGUGACGACCUGCGUCUGACAUUCCCAGUACGAGACGGUGUUGUGCUGGAGCCGUUCAGACUGGAGCACAAUCUGGCUGUCAGUAAUCAUGCAUUCCAGCUCAGAGAGUCCGUCUACAAAACUCUGAUCAUGAGACCGGACUUGGAGCUGCAGUUUAAGUGUUACCAUCAUGAAGACAGACAGAUGAACACUAACUGGCCUGCCUCUGUGCAGGUCAGUGUUAAUGCGACUCCUCUGUCUAUUGAAAGAGGCGACAACAAAACCUCCCACAAGCCUUUGUACCUGAAGCAAGUGUGUCAGCCAGGGCGCAACACGGUGCAGAUCACUGUGACGGCAUGCUGCUGUUCCCACUUGUUUGUGUUGCAGUUGGUGCACCGGCCGUCUGUCAGGUCUGUCCUGCAGGGUCUAAUGAAGAAGAGGCUGCUGCCAGCUGAGCACUGCAUCACCAAGAUUAAAAGAAAUUUCAGCAGCGGUACAAUCCCUGGGACACCCGGUCUGAACGGAGAAGACGGGGUGGAGCAGACGGCAAUCAAAGUGUCUCUCAAAUGUCCGAUCACAUUCAGACGGAUCCAGCUGCCAGCCAGAGGCCACGACUGCAGGCACAUACAGUGUUUUGACCUGGAGUCUUAUUUGCAACUGAACUGUGAAAGAGGGACGUGGAGAUGUCCUGUGUGCAACAAAACAGCUUUGCUAGAAGGCCUGGAGGUUGACCAGUACAUGCUCGGGAUUCUUGUCUACAUUCAGAACUCUGACUACGAGGAGAUCACCAUUGACCCGGUGUGCGGCUGGAGGCCGGUGCCCGUUAAACCUGACCUUCACAUAAAGGAGGAGCCGGACGGUCCGGUCCUGAAACGCUGCCGGACUGUCAGUCCGAGUCAUAUGGUCCUGCCGAAUGUGAUGGAAAUGAUCGCAGCUCUAGGCCCAGCGUCGUCCCCCUACCAGAGUCUGUCUGCAGGAGGCAGGAACACCCCCGACUACAGCAGGCCAGGAAGUCAAGGCUUUUCAAGCCAAGCAGGGUUUACAGAUUUCCCCAACACUCCUGGGACCCCAACACUUGGGGAGUACUCCUCCUCUGGACCACCACCUCCUGUCUCCUACCAGUCUGAACAGACACCUCAUCCUGGAGGAAUUGAGCACUCCCAUAGCAUCCUCCAGCAGCACGUCUCAGGUGUCCAUGGCAACCAGAGUCUCCGUGACGCCAGCAGCCCGCUGCCUCCGAGGAGCACCAGUACCCAGAAUUCUCGGCUGCAGGGCGAAGGCUCCUUUGGUCUAGGUGGACCAGGAGGAGAGGGGCCUGAUCACACACUGGAUGUGAGGAGAAGUUAGAAUAUGAUUUCAGCUCU